AGGUGAGGGCCUCGCCACUCCCCUUGCAGUCCGCAGCUUCUCAGGCCAGUGUCGCUCCUGUCGUCUGCCUCGCCAUGACUUCCUACAGCUACCGCCAGUCCUCAGCCACCUCUUCCUUCGGGGGCUUGGGCGGCGGCUCCGUGCGUUUUGGGGCUGGGGGCGCCUUCCGCGCGCCUAGCAUCCACGGGGGCUCAGGUGGCCGUGGCGUAUCCGUGUCCUCUGCCCGCUUCGUGUCCUCGUCCUCCGCCGGGGGCUAUGGUGGCGGCUAUGGUGGCGGCUAUGGUGGCGUCCUGGCCGGGUCCGACGGGUUGUUGGCGGGCAACGAGAAGGUGACCAUGCAGAACCUCAACGACCGCCUGGCCUCCUACCUGGACAAGGUGCGCGCCCUGGAGCAGGCCAACGGAGAGCUGGAGGUGAAGAUCCGCGACUGGUACCAGAAGCAGGGGCCCGGGCCCUCCCGCGACUACAGCCACUACUUCAAGACCAUCGAUGACCUGCGGGACAAGAUUCUUGGUGCCACCAUUGAGAACUCGAAGAUUGUCCUGCAGAUUGACAAUGCCCGUCUGGCUGCAGAUGACUUCCGAACCAAGUUUGAGACAGAGCAGGCCCUGCGCCUGAGUGUGGAGGCCGACAUCAACGGCCUGCGCAGGGUGCUGGAUGAGCUGACCCUGGCCAGGACCGACCUGGAGAUGCAGAUUGAGGGCCUGAAGGAGGAACUGGCCUACCUCAAGAAGAACCACGAGGAGGAAAUCAGUGCCCUGAGGGGCCAGGUGGGUGGCCAGGUCAACGUAGAGGUGGAUUCCACUCCAGGCAUCGACCUAGCCAAGAUCCUGAAUGACAUGAGAAGCCAAUAUGAGGUCAUGGCUGAGAAGAACCGGAAAGACGCUGAAGCCUGGUUUACAAGUCGGACUGAGGAGCUGAACCGGGAGGUUGCUGGCCACUCAGAACAGCUCAAGAUGAGUGAGAGUGAGGUCACGGACCUGCGACGUACCCUCCAGGGUCUCGAGAUUGAGCUACAGUCACAGCUCAGCAUGAAAGCCGCCCUGGAAGGCACACUGGCAGAGACCGAGGCCCGCUACGGAGCCCGGCUGGCGCAGAUCCAGGCGAGGAUCAGCAGCAUCGAAGCCCAGCUCGGUGACGUGCGGGCUGACAUCGAGCGACAGAACCUGGAGUACCAGCAGCUCAUGGACAUCAAGUCUCGGUUGGAGCAAGAGAUCGCCACCUACCGCAGCCUGCUCGAGGGCCAGGACGCCCACUACAACAAUCUGCCCAACCAGCUCAACGUCUGAGUGCGAAGGCUCCUGGGCUCCUGUCCUCCUGCAGAGAGAGGCCUCUGGGCAGGGACAGGGGAGGGAAGGGACCUUACCCUGGCUCUAUCCCCGACCUGCCAAUAAAACUUUAUGGCCCCAGGGA